UGGCAACAGCGCUCAGUGCUCCUCUAGUACUCUUUUCAGAUGGCAUCUCCAGAACGACAAGAGCUCAUUCGCAGUGCUGUAUCGUUCCUUUCUGAUAUCAAAACCCAGCAGGCACCUUUAGCUCAGCGAAUUCAGUUUCUCCAAGCCAAAGGUUUGACAGGCCCUGAAAUCGACGAUGCCCUAAAAUUAGCGGGAAAUAACCAAACGCCCCCUCCACAAUAUGUCCAAUACCCCCCUGACUAUGCGCGCUCUCCGUACAUGGGUCCUCCCACAGCGCACAGAUGGGAUUGGAGAGACUACUUCAUAGCAUCCGUCGUCGCGGGGAGCACUGCACUUGGUGCUUAUACGCUGCUCAAGAAAUAUCUUCUCCCCCAUCUUUGGUCGCCAACGACAAACGCGUACAUAGAGGAUCGGGAUGCAUUGGACGUGCAUUUUGAUGCUGCUGAGGCCUUGUUGAAGGAAAUACAAGCCGAAACCGUUGCCGUCCGGACUGCAGUAGAGGAGCAGAAGGAAAGAGUCGAUAAAGUGACUCAAGAAGUAGAUGCUGUCGUGCAAGAAUUGCGAGAAGGUGAGACGAAGACAAGGGAUGAAAUGCGAGAAAUAAAAGACGAGGUUCAGAACGUGCGCGAAAUGCUCCCCAAGAUGAUCGAGAAAAAUAAGGAAGUACAGAAACAGUCGCUUUCCGAACUUCAGCAAGAGGUCAAGUCGAUGAAGGCACUGCUACUUAGUCGCGGGUCCGGCCCAAUGUCCAGCUCUAACUCCGCACCUCUCUCGUCCAUUCCGGCCAGACCUUCAUUACCAGUAUGGCAGCUGGCAGCCGCUUCAUCUGCUUCUGGUACGGACCUGGCUUCUACUCCUGGUUCUUUGCCAGACACAAGUCCCUUCUCUGUUCCUCCCGUGCUACCAAACGGAAAAGGCAAAGAAGUAGAAUUACCAUCUUCCGUCUCGUCAUAGUCCACGCCCUCGUAGGAGGGUUUUAUUCUCCUAGUAAUCGGCUACUUAUAAAGAGUGAUUUCCGCA